CGGUUAUAAGCAUCUCCAACUCUAACUCUCAGGACUCAAGUGAAAGCUCCCUCUGUUAUCCAGUUAGAAAGAUGCUCUCCGCUACCUCUGGGUACUGUGAUAAGCUGCUUGCUCACUUACAUAUUGAACAUUUGAAGGUGCGUAUCUUCUCUGGUGCUGUAUUUCUUUGAUCGAUUUCUUCUGCUUUCUCUCUUCAUGUUCAUUCAUAAAACCCAAUUCUCAUUGAGCAGAUUUUUGCUUUUCAGAGUUUGUUUUUUCUUCUAACUAUUUUCCUCAAACAAUAGAUUACAUAGAACAGAAAGAAUCAUGGAAGGGUUAUUAAACACUUUCCCUCACCGAACUUGCUUAAAACCCUUCGUUUUCAAUACUAAAACAUCUCAUAAUCUCCCAUUCAUGAAAUUAAGAACUGGGUUUGUUCAUCGAAAUCUCAAACUGGGUUUUCGACCAAUAAUCUGUGUGAAUUCCGGUCGAGAUGAUGCUAUUAGCACUCAAAGUGUUGUUGGUAGUGAUUAUUAUGAUAAGGGAGCAGAGGAUUGGGAAUUGGAAUUUCUUGGGGAGAUUGACCCCUUAGGUUUUCAAGCACCCAAGAAGAGGAAAAAACAACAAAAUUCCAAAUUGCUUGAAGAUACUGUUGGGAUGGAUUGGUGUUUGAGGGCUAGGAAGGUUGCCCUCAAGUCAAUUGAGGCAAGGGGAUUGAGUCAUAAGCUGGAAGAUUUUAUUAAUGUAAAGAAGAAGAAGAAUAAGAAGAAGAAAAUGAACAAGAAGGACUUGGUGAGUAAGAGUAGGAUUAAUAAGAAAAAUAAGGACUUAGAAGAUGAUUCCGAUUUUGAUUUGGAGGAAGAUAUUGAAUUUGAAGAUUUUACAAACUCGCUUGGCAAUGAUACCAGUGACCUUAGAAGGACAGUGAGUUUGAUGGCAGGUGGAAUGUUUGAAGGAAAGAAGGAAAAAACCAUGGAAGAAUUUGUUCAGAGGCUGUCUCAAUUCUCAGGACCUUCUGAUCGUAAGAAAGAGGUUAAUUUGAACAGAGCAAUUGUGGAGGCACAGACUGCAGAGGAAGUUUUGGAAGUUACUGCCGAGAUGAUUAUGGCUGUUGGAAAAGGUUUAAGGCCUUCACCUUUAUCCCCUUUGAAUAUCGCCACUGCCCUUCAUCGAAUUGCUAAGAAUAUGGAGAAAGUUUCAAUGAUGAAAACUCGUAGGCUGGCAUUUGCACGGCAAAAGGAGAUGUCUAUGUUAGUGGGUAUUGCAAUGACAGUUCUGCCAGAAUGCUCAGCUCAAGGUAUCUCAAAUAUUUCAUGGGCAUUGUCCAAGAUAGGUGGAGAGCUGCUUUACUUGUCAGAGAUGGAUAGAGUUGCAGAAGUGGCUUUGACCAAGGUUGGCGAGUUCAAUUCUCAGAAUGUUGCUAAUGUUGCUGGAGCUUUUGCUUCAAUGCAGCACUCUGCUCCUGAUCUCUUUUCAGCAUUGUCAAAAAGAGCAUCAGAUAUAGUUCACAGUUUCCAAGAGCAGGAGCUUGCUCAGGUUUUGUGGGCUUUUGCUUCUCUAUACAACAUAGCUGACCCUUUGCUCGAGUCUUUGGAUAAUGUUUUCAAGGACAUUAACCAGCUUCAAUGCUACUUGAUGGCGGAAACAUCAAAUUGUAAUGAAGAGGACAGAAGGGGAGGGAGCGAAGAUCUUGAUAGAGAGGAAGUUUUAGGCCCUCCAGUACUCAGAUUUAAUAGGGAUCAACUUGGUAAUAUAGCUUGGUCAUAUGCUGUUCUUGGACAACUUAACCGGACUUUCUUUUCUAAUGUUUGGAGAACCCUGAGCCAUUUUGAAGGGCAAAGGAUUUCAGGGCAAUAUAGAGAGGAUAUCAUGUUUGCUUCUCAGGCUCAUCUUGUAAAUCAAUGUCUGAAGCUUGAGUAUCCGCAUCUUCAGUUGGCUUUUCGAGGUGAUCUAGAGGAGAAAAUUGGUCGUGCUGGGAAAACCAAAAGAUUUAAUCAGAAUAUAACUUCAUCAUUUCAGAAGGAAGUCGGUCAUCUUUUGGUCAGCACUGGCCUUGAUUGGGUGAGAGAAUUUGUAGUGGAUGGAUACACUUUGGAUGCUGUUGUAAUUGAUAAGAAGAUUGCUUUGGAGAUUGAUGGACCAACUCAUUUCUCAAGAAACACUGGAGUACCCUUGGGGCAUACCAUGUUAAAACGGCGGUACAUUUCUGCUGCUGGUUGGAAAGUGGUUUCAUUGUCUUAUCAAGAGUGGGAUGAACUUCAAGGUGGUUUUGAGCAGCUAGACUACUUGAGAGAAAUUCUCAAAGUCCAUUUACGCGAUAACAAUAGCAAUGAUUGAUAAACUUGGAGAGGAAGAGAGCAAGCAUGAGAGGGCUGGAGGGCGCGGCGAUGGAAAGAAUGAAUCAAGAAUUGAAGUGGUAAAAUUUUGAUAGACACAAGAGAAGAGGUGAUUUUUCUGUAUAAUUAAUUUAUCUGUAUCUUUAUUGAUGCAAAUACUUGUGUUUUCAGUUGCAAUUUAGUUACUAAAUUUAUAAUUGAUUCUACCUGCUUCUUUAGUCAUCUGUUAAUUCAGUUAUCAUGAUCCUUGGACUCUAAUACAUAUAUUCAUGACAAAGCCUUUUCUUGUAAA